UUUUUUUUUUUUCUUUAUUAAAGAAAAAAAGAAAAAGCAAAUCAUCUUAAUAAGCUCCUCCUCUUUUUGAAUUCAAAAAAAUAAAAACCCUCUUAUCAUAUCCACUUCUACAAUAUAAACCAUAGCUUGUAAGAGACUAUGCUUCUUGCUUUUGCUUAGCUUAGCUUCUCCUACAUUACUUCUCUUCUCCCUUUAAAACAUCCAUCCGAUCCUAAAACUCGGUCUCUUUCGACAUAAACUCGAAAACAAAAUAUCAAUCACUCAAAAAUGUCUGCUUCAUUUCAAACACUUCCAAACCCCGGACCACCCCAACAAGGCUCAUUUCAAGCCGGGGUGGUCUACCCAACACCAACUACUACAACCUCUUCAAUGGGAAGCAAUGAUCAAAACACGAGCCCGGAUGAUCAUUCGAGUGGUUCCUUUGGGAUGGUCUUUGUAGUCCUUGCUAUCAUUCUUGUAGUCUCAGCUGUUGCUUGUGUUUUAGGCCGGUUUUGUGGUAAGAAAUCUGACAAGUCAUCUAAAACCCAUCACUCUAAAGGUCAUAAGGGGUCAAAGAAAGGUCAUGGAAAUAGUAGCCACAACAUUAACCAUGAUCAUAUGAUGAUGAACCACCAUCAAGGUGGUAAUAAUAAUCACAAGGGCAGUGGCAAAUCUAGCAUUAAUAAUAGCAAGCAACACGGUGGAGGGAGGCCUAAGGACCGAGACCUUGAGUUUGGAUACCGGUCUAAGGAAGGGGAUAUCAUGAUGGGAUUUGACCCUAAGGCAAGGUCUAUUCCUAGUGCUAAAGUUGCUAAUAACAAUGGAGACUUUCGAGUCGAUAGCAUGGGAAGAGGUAUGGAGUCUCAUCACCAUGGAAACCCUAGAGACUUUCGGGUUGAUAGCAUGGGAAGAGGUAUGGAAUCUCAUCACCAACAUGGAAACCCUAGAGAUUUUCGAGUUGAUAGCAUGGGAAGAGGUAUGGAGCAUCAUCACCAUGGAAACCCUAGAGAUUAUCCUUAAAUUUGCUAACUUAAUUAUCUUGUUAUAUAUUGAAGAUCUCCUUCAUAAAAAAAAAACUUAAUUAUUUAAUUAUCUUUGCUUCUUUUUUUUUUUAAAUAGGUAGAUUAUGGUAUGGUGGUUGAGGAGUGAAAAUGUGUAAUGGUAUAUUUUUCUAUAUAUGACAAAGAUUGUCAUCUAAAUUAAGUGACAGUGUAUAAUUAAUCCGGGUUUGGAAGCAAAAUUGCAAGGUCAUUAACUAGUUA